CCUAUAUCGUCUUUCCCUAAACACAGUGCUCCGUCCUAUAUUACACGUAGUGAUACGCUAUAUUCUUUCACAUAUCAUGCGCUCUCUUAUCCUAAGUCCUGAUGCGAACGAAGCUCUACUGAGCCAUAGCUGGACUAGGUUGGAAGAAACGGGAGAAGAUUUCAUCCAUCUAGGCAAGGCGUUUUUAACGUUGCUUGCAACUAUACAGGGCAAACAUCCGUGGUCUCGUCUUCCCACCGGCAACCCAGUGACUGGAAUGUCCUUGACAGAAAAGAUAUUCAAAAGCCUCCAGUGUGCUGAAACGAUCGCAGCUGACUCAUUAGUCGAACCUAUCAAACUAAGAAUGGCAAGGGUUCUAUUAUAUCAUCAAUAUGAGCAGAAA